AUGCUUCACGAUACAAGUUCUGCUAUAGGAGACAAAACUCAUAUUCAGAAAAAGGCCGAUCUCGAUCCAGUUGUUGAUGUUACAAAGAAAUUUGCUAGUAUGCCCAAUGAACCAGCUAACGAUUUAUCCAACGAAGAGGAGUAUAAAUCGUUAGCUUCUUCAACAACGGGCUCGUUUUUAUCGUCCCCUAGACAUUCCCCCGUUUCUACUACUACUGAAUCGGAAGAAGAGGAAUCUAAUUUAUUGGAAAAAAUUGCUGAGUCGUUUACUAGUCCCUUAACGCAAGAAAACUUGACCAUUCAAUCACAAUUAUUACUAAACGAUUUUAGAAGGUCGUUAGGGGAAAAUGGAAUUUCUAUGGUUCCAAGUUAUAAUUUGUCGCCAGAUGGUAGUGAACAUGGCCAAUAUUUGGUUAUCGACUUGGGCGGCUCAACUUUGAGAAUCGCCGUUAUUGAUAUCUCGCCAGAUUUGCAGCGUUCGAGAAGUGAACGUGUUCAUAUUGUUCUUGAAGAAAAGUGGAUCAUAUCCAACGAGUACAAGAAUAUCGACAGGAAUUUUUUCAAAUUCAUUGGGUCAAAGAUUAUGGAGAUUUUGUCAAGACAAGAUCUCAUUAAAAGUUCAAGCUUGAUUAAAACUGGUAUGACAUGGUCUUUCCCCUUGGAAACUACUAGCUAUAACAGUGGUAAUAUUCGUCAUGUUUCAAAAGGUUACACACUAGAUCCAGAAGUUUGCGGCAAGGACUUGAAGUUCUUGUUGGAAUCUAUUUUACAUGAUGAAUUUGGUAUCAAAAUCGAUGUUAGAAGUGUCAUGAACGAUUCAGUCGCGGUAUAUUCUGCAGGAUCGUUUUUAGAUGAUAAAUUGAUAUUGGCAAUGGUUUUGGGGACAGGGUUCAAUAUGUGCUGUCCAUUGAAUGCCGAUGCCGAAAAGAUGCACAAGACAAAAUUAAUCGAUGACAAGUUGUUAUUCAACACUGAAUUGUCCUUGUUUGGCGAAGAUUUGUGUGAUUGUCUUGGUACAAAAUAUGAUGCGAUGAUUGAUAAAAGAUUACAAAAUUUCAAACACCACUUCAAACCAUACACAAUGCUUGACCCCGAGGAUAACACUGCGUUCCAACCUAAUGAGUUGUUAACUAGCGGGAGGUAUUUGCCAGAAAUAUCCAGAUUGAUAAUGGUGGAUCUUUACAAUAAAAAGGAAUUAUUUUCACAAUAUACUCCAGAGGAACUUGGCAAAAUAUUGAAUGUUUCAUAUGAUGGAUUUGAAGGAGAGUUGAUGUGCUUUGUAGAUGAAAACAGCGAUUACGAAGAAAUAAACAAAAAGUUUCUUGAUUGUUAUGGAUGGUCAAAACCAGUUGAAAAAUCAGAUAUCACAAAGAUCAAAACCAUCACAUCGUUUGUGAUCAAAAGAGCUGCAUUCAUUGUUGCAAACUCAAUCAUUGCAUUUUUGAAAUUAUUACUGGAAUAUAAUACAGAUAACAACAAGAUUGAAGGCUUAAUUACCAUUGGAUAUGUUGGAUCGGUAUUGACAUAUUUCAUUAAUUACAGAAAUAUGGUAUUGGACUAUGUUAAUACAAAUGAAGAGGUGAAAAAACUUGGUUGCGAAAUUAAAUUAGAAUUGAUUGAAAACAGUUCGGUGAUAGGAGCAGCAAUAGGAGCAGCCUUUUACUCAAAGGACUGA